CCGACUCAGGUUAUGACUGUGAGACUGACGCCCGGUCUUCUCUUCAACUCUUGUUGAAGAAAGACCGGGCGUCAUGACGUAAGGUAUUAGCUGUUUUGACGACACCUCCUCGUCACCGUCUUCUCUCGCCACCCACACCAGUGGCGGGCCUCCAGCAAGUCACACACGGUAUGUCGGGCCUGGCGUUCAGCUGAAGGUCUGGCCUGGGCCACAGAGCCCCAUCAAACCAAUCCUCAAAAGCGGGACGCACCCGUUGCUGUGCACCCGUAUCCGAGGUUUCCCUGGUGCAUUUUUCGUGGCAGAGAAAGCGUGCCUGUUCUCAUUGACGGAAACACCCCCUCGUUCCGUCGCUGAUCCCACAUAGCCAACGAGCUCGUCACUUGCUUUUCCUCCCAGGCAUGAGGAGGGCCGUUGGCCGCGCAGUCUUGAGCUAUGCUCUCGGCCCGGUUGACGCCAAAGCGUUGAAGUGGAGUAACAACGGCCCGAGAUGGGUUCCUCCCCAGGAGACGCUUCUUGGCUACAUGCCCUCUCUCGGCAUGGAACCGCCAGUGCCAACAGCAACACCUCCUCUAGGAGCCUCAAAGCCAAGGGGAAUCCUAGAGGCCCGUGGCUCGGACGAUAACACGUGCGGUUAUGUGAGUGGGAGUCGAUCCUUGUCAGUGUAUUGCGAUGCGACCGCCCGUUGUGUGUAUAACUCGAUCAAUUCUUAUAUUGGCUGCUGCGCCGAUGCUACUACCGCUUCGGCCUGCCCGAUCUGGACAACGUGCUACGACUCCACGGACCGCGAUAGUUUCACGACAAAGAACGGCUACACCCAGUGGUGCGGCGACUCGCGCUACCCUUACUGUGCCACCUACCUCUACCAAGACCAAGCCUUGCGCGGCUUCACCCUGCUCGGCUGCGCCGUGGCCGCCGGCACGGAAGAAAUUUGGUUCACCCCGGUCGAGAGCAGCACGCCGACAAGCCCUUCUACCACUACCCCUACUGACCCCAACCCUCGUCCUCCCCCCACCACCUCCACCCCGCCUCCGCCCACCCCCACCCCCGUCGGCCCCAUCGUAGGCGGCGUGGUCGGAGGUUUCUGCGCAAUCGCCCUCAUUGUCCUCGGCAUCUGGGCGCUAAUGCGCCACAACAAGAAGCAGGAGAACGCCGCCGCUACCGUCGCUACUGGCGCCGGCACUACCCGACAACCACAACAAUCCCCUAGUUCAAACCCCUACCAAGACCCGCAUAUGUCCCAACUUCCAGCGCAGGGUUACAUAGGUAUCGACCAGCCGACUAUGGUGAGGAGCCCGCCGCCGCCGCCGCCAGAAUUUUUUUUUGUGCAGGGCACGUCAUCGCCUCCACAGCAGCAGCAGCAGCAGCAAGGGGGAUAUCCGGAGCAGCAGCAGUUUGGGAAUGUCUCGCCUGAGACGCAGGUUGGUGCGGCGGGGUAUCAGCAGCAGAAGUAUUCGCCGCCGCUGCAGCCGGGUCAGCAGGGGGGGUUUGGGGGUGCACAGGGCGAUAGGGGAUAUAUAGCUGAGUUGCCAGCGGAGAGAGGAAUGGAGAGUUGAGCGAGUUUUAAGGUGUAGGAGUGAAGCCCUACCAAAGUGAUGCGGAGGGAUGACGGGUUUUCAUAGUUGAGUCUAUAUCUACGGAUCGAGGGCUUCUCAUAAUGGGUAUGAUGAGAAAAUGAGGGGUAGAAAUAAUCUGUAUGUGUAUAAAUUCUAGAAUGUAGUGGGCACUACAUGUAACGGUCUCAGGUAGUAUAUUGCAA